CUUCCAAGUUGCCUGCCCGGAGCGGGAAGGAACCGGAUCCGGCCUUUUCGCCGUCGCCUCCGUCAGAUCUCCGCGCAGUUUUCUGCACAAGGGGACGGCAGUUCCAAAAAGUUUCUCCGGCUUCCUUCGUCCCUGCGCGCGCGCGCGCCCCGGCUUGCGCACGGACACGCGCGCACACCUGGAAGUCCGAGAGGAAGCGCGCUGCGAAGAGGCCGGGCCCUUCUGGGAGGAUACGCCUCGUGGCUCAGGUUUGCUUGGAGCUGGUCUGUCGGGGAGAACGCGGCUUGAGAAAGGGUGCGAUUUCCUUCCAGCUGCCGCGGACUAUGAGGACCCUAAAGCCAGCCUGGUUCUGCCAAGAGGGGAAAGAGGAGAGCUCUUCUGACUGGGAGAACUUACAGGGGAUUUUGACGGGCUGGUAGCUCCCAGCAGGGGAAGAGCGGGUGCGUGCGUGCGUGCGAGCGAGGCUUGGGGCUGAUGCGCCAGAGCUGAAGGCAGAAAAAGGGCAUCGUUUGGCAAGGAGGUGUCCUGGCAUGGGCUCGGGGAUGUGCUCCAGGAGGCAGAAGGGCCUUCUGCAGACAGGAUUCUUCCUCGUGGCGCUGGCCUGCCUGGGUUCGGGGGCUUUUCUGUACAACCAUCUCCAGCAGAAGGUGAAGGAGGCUGAAGCGGUGGCUGUGAAGUACAAGCAGCAGCAGGAGGUGCUUUCGGCCCAGCUGCAAGUCGUCUAUGAACACCGAUCUCGGCUCGAACGAUCCUUGCAGAAGGAGCGAGGGGAGCACAAGAAAACGAAGGAAGAUUUCUUAGUGUAUAAACUGGAGGCCCAGGAAGCCCUGAACAAAGAAAAGCAAGAUUCCAUGAACCGGUAUGGUGCCCUGAGCACUCAGCAUAAGAUACUGAAGAAUCAGCACGAAGAGAUCAAGAAGCAGUUACUUGAUCUGCAGCUGCAACACAAUGGGCUGAAACUGGAGCACCGCAAAGCUGUGGAGGCCCACAACCAGAAGUACUCCCAGCUGCAGCGGGAGAAGGAAAGCGAGGUGGUGGGCUUGCAAGAUACGGUGCACAAGCUGAGAGAGGAAAGUAAACUCCUUCGGAAAGCUCACCAGGAUGUUCACUCACAGCUCCUCAAUGCUCAGGUCCAAAUGGAAGAGUUCAGGCAGCUCAAGGAGACCCUGCAGAAGAUGCCGAGUUUCAAGGAUGUGGGAAUGGGCAAAGGGCAGCCGAAGCAGCUGGCCAAAGAGCAACGUGCGGCAGGAUUCGGGCUGCUGCAGCUUGCCCGACCUAAGUCCUCCAUGGGCAACGAAGCCAGAGCCCCGAUGAGCCCCCCGGAACAGGCUGCGGCUGCUGUCCCAGAGCACCCCUUGGGCGCCCAGUUCCCCGACGUUAAAUACCAGAGAGGAGAAGUCCUUCACGAAGGCCAGGUUCCACACAGUGACACUGGGCCGUUCGGCGAGCAGGGCCCGGCCCGGGAGGCGCAUCUGCAAAGGGAUGGGCCCAUCAUCCGAUUCACGAGGAUGGUGAACAGCAUACAAAGCGCGAACCAGGAUGAAAAGGCAAUGCAAAGCAUGCUGAGGGGAAGUGAGGAAAGCUUGCAUACUGAAGCAAUGGCCCCUGACUUCCAACCCCCACCUGCUUCCGACGGGGCGCGGGGUUUAGAUAAGCAGCUAUCUGUGGGGGAAAAGCGUGACCCCGAAGUGCAGAGCUGGCAAGAUAUUGUACACAAAGUCCAUGUCCAGAUGGAUGAGGAACAGGCCUCCUUGCUCCCAAAGCUGCCUUAUUCCCAGCGCCUUGACCUGGGUGCCAGGCCUGGGCAAGUGAUGGCAAAUGGCCAUCAAGUCCUGGGCGGUGGGCAGCAGAGAGGAGGCGAGCAGCAGCAGCCAGCCGACUGGGGAGCCAGGAAAGGUGGAGCGGAUGAGGAGGAACUGCAGAUGGAUGCUGGCAUGAUUGAGCGAGAAGACCAUUCACCCCCUCGGAAGGAGACACUCAUGCAGCAUCCGAACGUGCCUGGGGAUGUUGGAGAUCCUGCCCAGGACCCUAACAACCAAGGGGAAGAUGAAUUCGAGGAGGCAGAGCUGGAAAGACCAGACUUCGAAGAGAAAGCGGGCCAGGCUGACCAAGUCCGUCAAACCAAGGGGCCAGCCAAUGAGCCAACGAAGGAAAAGACCCAGGAGGUACCCAUUUUGGAUGCAAAAGGGCCCAGGAAAAUGGCAGAUGAUCCAAUAGAUGAUUAUCAGGAAGACCAGGAACAAGAUCUUGAAGAUCACGGAGGUGAGGUGGACGAUGCGGAUGAUCUGGAACUGGUCCAGGAGCUUCAAAGCCACGUCGAAAGAGAUGGCAGAAAGGAUUACUACUGAGGGUGUCGAUGGCUUGCCGAGAGAUCGGAGGAGAACCUCGGUGGAAGGCCAGAGACUGUUACGGUCGCGGUGGAGUUGGAUUCUUUGCUUGGGCCUGUCAAAAGGAGUUAUCCCUGAUUCUAGAUGAUCCCCAGUCACGGGGACAAAGUCUCUGCGUGAGAGUCUUGGGGAGGGCGUGUAAAGCAGACGGACUCCCUGAAUGUCAGAAUGUUCCUUCACAAAGGGGGAGAGGAAGUUCAGCCAUUAGAACAUUUAGAUUGCUCUUUUGGUUUCUCCCCUUCUCCUCCUUGUUGCAGUAUUAUUAAAGAGGAAUGACAUUAUCCAGUGGGCACUGUUUGCCUCGGGCUGCUUGCGUCAAGUUUUUCUUCUUCUGUUGUCUUGGACGCACCCAACUGCUCUUUAAUGCAAUGUCUGUUCAACUUUAUAUUAAAAAAGAGAACCCUUUUGAUAAAGA